CUCAACCAGACACUUCCCUCCAAUUACCAGAACAUUACUUUGCAAACGUCAACUCCUCAACUCCUACGUCAACAUAGGCCGACGCAAUGGGUGAUGAUAAUAUAUGGAUCACCACGCAUGGCAUUGGCGCCAUCAAAGAUUCCGAGCAGUCACUCACCAUAUCCAUGGAAGAUGGCUCUGCCUCGGCUAGGUCGCCAGGGGGUCCCAAGCCAACAACUGCGUGGUUUCAUUUCCCCAUCCCUAGCCCUCCCAGCGACUUCUUGAAUCUGAAGGCUGUCAAGGUCGACUUCAACUCUACAGGAGCGAAUCUCGGCACUGUGGUGGUUUACGCCGGCAGCAAAACAAUCUUCCAAAGGGGCGGUUUAAGCGGCCAACACGUUCAACUCCCUUUUGAUGAGACUGCAGUCUAUGAUGGGUUGGGGAUCUGUGUGUCCGUCCUUGUUACGUUCCUAAGCUCGGAGUCCUCCAUCAAAUUUCAGUCGGUCGGAAUUCAGGCUUGGAGAUCCGAUACAGUUAACUGAUGGCUUGCAUAACUCAUGUCGACAUCAUCAAUGGACUAGCGAGGAUGGAUCUUCUUCUUCUUCAAGUUACGCGGCUGGUUCUCAACUCGAUCGAGACCCGGGGCAUGUAAUACGACACCUGGUGGCAACACGACUUGGGCCCGGCCACCACUCACAUCCCUUCCCAUCGCCAGCCGCACUUAACGUCUUGUUUUUUCGGACCCCAUUUCCCCCCUUCUCCAACCUGUAGGAUGGUUUCUUCACGUUGGAAAGGUCAAUUGGAUCUGGACGCGCGUUAUCC